CGAGAAGAGUUUCGGGGACAGACCAUAAGAGAUCGACGUUGCGGGAAAUAAAGGCGAAAGUAUCAUGGAAAUGGGACCGUUAAGGAUUUUACUGGAGUUGUGAGAGGUCGGAGGAUUCAUGGAACCCAACACUGAAGAGCAGGAGUCUUCGCAAUCCUCAGGAAGGACUUAAAAGAAGGGGAAAACUCUUUAGUCGGAGAGAUAACUUCACCGUAGAGAUGAGUCUUUCCCAGUGGAUGAGUUCCCUCUUCCAAACCCAGAGGCCAACAUCUUCUCACCUCCACCUUCUCAACGAGAACCAACCUCUCCGGGACUUACAUGCCCUCAAGCCAGUGCACCUAACCGGGGUUCGCCCCGCCAGCGAAGAAGGACUGGAUGAAGCCUUCAACCAAACGCUCUCUGGACUCGGAGGAAGAGAUAACGUUCUCCUGGUGGAGGAAGCCGUGCCCAGCCUGGAAAACGUUGGUGGCAGCGGUGGGAUUUUACAGGAGCUGUCGUUUGCUCUGUUUCAGUCGCCCGAGCAGGACAGCUCUUUGAUAAACGAAGAAGCCGAUGGCGGACAUAAAGGAAUGAGCUGCAUCCAGACUCGAGAUACAUCCAGAUCCAGAAUGUUGGAAUUCUCCGUCAUUUUGGCAAUUUUCCGUGAGACGCUGAUAAUGGAGCCAUCCAACGCUACCUCCAUCAAGGAGGUGCUGAGAGACAUCAGGCUUCGGACCAAAGGCUCUCUGAUGGCCUUGGUGGGGAUAGUCUACGGAGGGAAACUGCCAGGAGACAAGAAGAUGCAGUCCCAAACGCGGCUUGGGCAGCUUUUCGGACAGGUCUUCAAGGGGCAGAUUUGGGGGGUAUGUUCCUACUCCCGAUCUCAACCAGAGACCAUCCUGGAAGUGAAGAAGACCAUCAAGGAGACACUGGAAAGGCAAACCACUCAUCGAUACCAAGAAGAGCUCAGAGAAGACUCGGAAAGCGAUACGGAGAGAUCCUUCAGGGACCUCGUGUGCCGCCUCGGGGGAAAGGAGAGAUUUCUUCUGGUCGGGAACAUCUGCCCAUCGUCACGGCCGUCGGAGAGGGCCACGGUAUUCAAAGAGUUAAGCAGGGCCCUUUUUGAAGAAGCCUUUGAACCUGAAGCCGGUAAAGGAAGCAACGAGGGAGCCAUCUUGCCUCAUUUGGAGCACAAGUCCGGAGAAUGCACCCAACUCCCCAAACCCCGAUCCUUCCCGUACCCCCUGAUCCUGGUGGUGUUCCGUUACACGUUCGUCAAAGACGAGGUCAACUGGGCUCAGGUCAAGGAGAUAUUGGCUGACGUCAGAAUAAGGUCCACGAGGUGCACCCAAGUGAUCGGGGUGGUCUGGAGCUCUGAGGAGCUGGAGGAUGCGCAGUGGGAGACAUGCAGGUCUCUUCUUCAUAAGAUCUUACGGCAGACCUUUGGUGGAGGUGUUGGGAUCUGCUCCUACAUCAGGUCAAAGCCCGAGACGGUGGAUAACGUGAAGAGGUGUAUUUGCGAUGUCGUCAAAGAGAGACGGUCGUAG